AUGGGAGGCUUAGACAGAACGAAGAUCACCGGCUUGCAAGCCCAGCAGGCAGCAGAUGAAGGACAGCAAAAUGCUGGAAAUAGUUGUCAGCUGUGCAACAAAACCGAUAACAACCGGAUGGUACUUUGUGAUGAUUGCUCUCUGUGGCAACAUUACACUUGCGCUGGUGUAACAUCUCAGAUUGAAGGCGAGGGAGUACCAUUCAGUUGUCACAAAUGCACUAAAAAAACUCGGAAGAUAUCUAAAAGGCAACAAAACAAAACUACUGUUGAAAAAUGCUCAAACGACCAUCCACCUAAGGUUAAGACUGGCAGUGAUCAAUGCGAAGUACGAUCAAAGGCAGGAACCAGUAUCUCGAAAAAGUCGAACUCCUCCUCGAAAAGGUCCGCCAAAAUGUCUUUAGAAAUACAGUUGCAGAAAGUGGAAGCUGAGAAGCAAUUGUUGGAAGAGAAGCGAAAAUUGAUUGACAAGCAAUUUAGUAUACUGGAAGAGAUAGCUGAAUUGGAUAAUCAUGAGUCCGACAACUACACCGCUCAGUCCAGAUCAAAGGUUGCUGACUGGCUUGAGAACUCAAAUGCAUCUGAGGCUGGAAGCAAAAGGCAGGAAGUGAUUGAUUCUGAAGGCGAUGAAUCCGAAUCCGACAUGGAUAGCACCGAUGACGAGGAACAAUUUUUACCAGCGGGCAAAUCGACACCGAAAACAUCUGCCGCGGUCAAAAUGAGCAAACCUAACAAAAACGACCAAAGGAACUCCUGUCUGAAACGAAACCAUUUGGCAGCUCGUCAAGUCAUAGCAAAGGAUCUGCCAUCCUUUUCCGGAAACCCUGAGGAAUGGCCCAUGUUCAUUUCAACCUACGAAAGCACGACCAGCAUGUGUAUGUUCACAGAUGAGGAAAACCUAAGUCGCUUGCGAACCUGUCUGCGUGGAGAGGCCCUAGAUGCUGUCCGUAGCUUUUUGAUUCAGCCGUCAACAGUGCGAAAGGCAAUCGAUGUUCUUCGACUGAGAUUUGGACAACCACAGUUCGUUAUCGACUCCUUGAAAGAAAAGGUUCUUUCCAUGCCGCCACUCAAACAGGACUCACUGAAUCAAUUAAUUGAUUUUUCUAUUGCUGUCCAAAACUUAAACGCUACGAUCGAUGCAUGUGGCCGAAAGGAGUACUCCAGAGACUUCUCUCUUAUCGCGAAACUUGUAGAGAAAUUGCCUUCACCUCACAAUCUCGACUGGGCGCGACACCAAAGAAAUUUAAAAAAGAUAACCUUGGCUAGGUUCUGCGCAUGGAUUUCCCUCAUUGCAGAAGAUGCUUGUCUAGUUACGAAACCUACCGGCAAAGGAGAAAGAAACAAGUACGAGAGAGCUGGAACAACAUCCAAAGCUAGGGCCUCCGUGAACGUACAUGCUGAAGUAUCUGACUUCGAGACCAGCGAAAUAGAAAAAUCCCACACUGGAUCAAAGGGCUGUAUUAUAUGCUUUAAGAAUGAUUGCCUUUCUCUUGAUAAGUGCUCUCGAUUUCAAGAAAUGUCGUACGCAGAACGUUGGACAGCAGUUCACGAACAUCAACUGUGCAAGAAAUGUUUAAAAAUCCAUCGAGGUAAAUGUAACUCGCCACUAUGCGGAAAACAAGGUUGUAAGUACAAGCACCACCCUCUCCUCCAUAAAAUCUUAAACGUAGUAGCAGAAAAUCUGGCGUGUAACACGCACCAAACACAAGCUCAGACAAGUCUUUUAAGAUAUGUGCCAGUUACAUUGUACGGAAAAAGCAAACAAAUACAGUGCUACGCCUUUCUAGACGAUGGUUCUCACAUUACGCUCCUAGAUCAAGACCUUUCUGAUGAGCUGAAUUUGCAAGGUGAACCCCGCCCCCUUUUCAUAAAGUGGACGGGUGGCAAACAAAGACACGAAGCGAACUCGCAAUCAGUUAAUUGUGAUAUCUCUGGCAACGGCAGUAGGCGCUUCCAUUUGGAUGACGUGCGAACGGUUCAAGAACUACAACUGCCCUAUCAGACGCUCGACGUAGCUGAACUUUCGACAAAAUACGGUCAUCUCCGUGGUUUACCAGUCCAGUCGUAUGAGAACGUUCGACCAAGAAUACUGAUUGGAAUCAAACACGCAUACGUUAGUCUCGUUCGUAAAAGUAGAGAAGGAAAACCUCAUGAACCGAUUUGCAUCAAAACGCACUUAGGCUGGUCUAUUUACGGAGGAGGUAUUGAUGGUGAAGUGAGUAUGGUUCAUCAUGUCCUCCAUGUGGGCGAAGAAAAGAAUCACAGCGAAUGUUCCCUUGAUCAGGCAGUAAAAAACUUCUUUGACUUAGAAAACAUGGGAAUCACAAAAUCAAAUGAUAUCGUAAGAUCCAAGGAUGACCAACGCGCUUUAGAGCUUCUGAAUGAAAUGACGCACUUUAAUGGUGAGCGUUACGAGACAGGCCUUCUAUGGCGAUACCCGAAUACACAUCUUCACAAUAAUAAGGAGAUGGCUCUGCAUCGUUAUCACAGCCUAAUGAAACGUCUAGAAAAGGAUCCUGUCCUAAGAAGCUCUCUCAACGAAAAGAUAGAUUCUUACCUAGCAAAAGGAUAUAUUCGAAAACUAACAAGUGAAGAGAUAAGCAACCCUCGGGAACUGGUGUGGUAUCUGCCAACGUUCCCUGUUACAUAUCCUAACAAACCUGGGAAAGUUAGACUGGUGUGGGACGCUGCCGCAAUGUACAAAGGACAAUCGUUAAACUCCGUUUUGUUGACAGGACCCGACCAGUUAGUUUCCCUGAUUUCGGUACUAAUCAAGUUUCGCGAAAGUCGAAUAGCCGUGUGUGGCGACAUUCGCGAAAUGUACCACCAAGUUAAAAUACGAGAACAGGAUCAGCACUGCCAGCGUUUCCUGUGGAAGGACAAUGAUGGCGAUCCUAGUGAGUACAUUAUGAUGGUCAUGACCUUUGGUGCAUCAUGCUCCCCAAGUAGCGCGCAAUUCGUUAAGAAUAUUAAUGCCAAGAGACACGCCGAAAAGUAUCCAGACGCAUCGGAAAUUAUAAUAAAUUGCACUUACGUAGACGAUAUGUUGUUCAGUGUUCCCGAUGAAAAAGAAGCAAUCAACCUGGCAAAAACUGUGCGCUUAAUUAAUAACAACGGGGGCUUUGAAAUACAUAAUUGGAUGUCGAACGCAGCCCAGGUAUUAGCCGAACUCGAAGAAGAACCUUCUUCAGGUAAAAAUCUUGACUUGAUAUCUCCCCUUGCAACAGAAAAGGUUCUUGGCAUGUGGUGGGAAACUACAUCGGAUUCGUUUGUUUUUAAAAUCAACUGGACUCGCUUGGAUAAGGCCCUUCUAGAAGGAUCACGCAUACCCACGAAGCGAGAGGUCCUCAAAACGCUAAUGUCUAUCUACGAUCCCCUGGGUCUCAUCUCCCACUACUUAAUGUUCCUGAAAAUCCUACUCCAAGAGAUUUGGAGGGCUGAAGUGAGCUGGGAUGAAAUGAUAGGAGAUAAACUGAAUGAAAAAUGGCUUAAGUUCGUUAGGCUAUUUCCGGCGCUAGAGAAUCUUCGUAUCCAACGCUGCUUUCACAGUUUUCAUAAACUUAUACCCGUAGUUGAUGUGCAGCUACAUACCUUUGUUGACGCUAGCGAGGAUGGUAUGGCUGCUGUUGUGUACCUACGCUACGCAUCGGACGAUACAGUUGAGUGCUCGUUAGUUGGUUCGAAAACGCGUGUAGCGCCACUCAAAUAUUUAUCAAUUCCUCGCAAGGAGCUGCAAUCGGCGGUUAUUGGCGCUAGAUUUACGAAAACUGUUCUCGAAAAGUUGUUAACCAAAGUAAACCGAUGCAUUUAUUGGUCCGAUUCUCGAAAUACAUUAGCCUGGAUCUCAUCAGAUCAUCGGAAGUACAGCCCGUACGUAGCAGCACGUGUCAGCGAUAUUCUCGAAACCACUGUGGCAUCUGACUGGCGGUGGGUCCCAUCCAAAUGGAACGUAGCAGACGAUGCAACGAAAUGGCAGCGCACCCCUGCGCUUUCAUCUAAUGAGAGAUGGUUCUCCGGACCUGAGUUUUUACGCAACGUCGAAAAGGAGUGGCCUGUAAUGCCUCUAAAGAAGUUUUCAACCGAUGAAGAAAUGAAACUUACCUGUAAUGUUCACUUGGUACACACUCCCGGUGCAAUCACUGUUACUAACUAUUCGCGAUGGAUGCAUUUGGUAAGAGUUACUGGAUUCGUUCAACGAUACCUCAAUAAUGUGUUUAACAGUAAGAACACACGAACCGGAAUCCUUACUAGCAACGAGCUUCGUAACGCUGAAGAACUUCACAUCCGGAACGCUCAAAGGGAAAUCUACUUUGAAGAACUUCAACUUCUGCAGGCUAGAGAAAACAUUUCUAAAAAAAGUCAGCUCUAUAGACUAUCUGCUUACCUUGACGAUCGAAGAAUCAUAAGAAUGGAAGGAAGAACAGGAGCUUGCGAAUUUCUGGACGUAGAAACUGUGAAUCCAAUAAUUCUUCCGGGGAAACACCACAUCACGAAGCUUAUUGUCUCAUGGUAUCAUAAAAAAUACCAUCAUCAGAACAGUGAAUUGAUUAUAAAUGAAAUCAAACAGAAAUUCUAUGUAUCAAAUUUAAGAAGGUUGUAUAAACAUAUUCGCAAAGAUUGUCAACUUUGUAAGAUACUAGAAGCGCGACCUCGUCCGCCCAGAAUGGCUAGACUUCCACCUUGUCGAGUCGCUGCCUACACGCGACCGUUUACACAUUGCGGAUUGGACUACUUCGGUCCUCUAGAGGUGGUAGUGGGCCGCAGAGUAGAAAAACGAUGGGGUGUGUUAUUUGUUUGCCAGACUACAAGAGCUAUCCAUUUAGAAAUCGCUCAUCAGUUGAAUAAAAGUUCCUGUAUAAUGGCAAUCCGAAAUUUUGCGUCAAGAAGAGGAACGCCUGCUGCCUUUUACAGUGACAGAGGAACGAACUUCGUAGGAUCAUGUAGAGAGCUCCGAGAAACCCUGAAGAAGGUUGACGAAAAUCAGGUUGCAGCAGAAUUCACUACUCCAAGUACCUCGUGGGUAUUUAACCCCCCAGCGACCCCACAUAUGGGAGGAAGCUGGGAACGACUCAUACGUUCAGUAAAAAGAAUAUUGCCUCUCUUGCGCAUAUCCAGGCGACCAACUGAUGAAGAACUACGCAACGCCUUUGCAGAGAUCGAGAACACGCUUAAUGGAAGACCGCUCACCUAUGUUCCUCUAGAUCACGAUUCUCGUACAGCGCUCACUCCUAAUCACUUCCUACUAGGAAGCUCGAACGGUUCUAAACCUCUGACGGAUAUCAACAGCGAUGGAAUAUCUUUGAGACGAGGCUGGCAGGUGUCGCAAGUCAUCGCCAACCAGUUCUGGAAGCGUUGGAUACGCGACUAUCUACCAGAAAUCACCAGGCGAAGUAAAUGGUAUGAACCGGUUAAGCCCAUCGAAGUUGACGACAUAGUGAUUAUAGUUGAUCCUGAUUUGCCGAGAAAUUGUUGGCCUAAAGGACGAGUUAUAAAGAUCAUCACAGACGGCGAUGGACAAGUUAGACGUGCAUGGGUGAAGACGAAAACUUCUGUUUAUGAGAGGCCUGCUGUUAAGAUAGCUGUGCUCGAUGUAGGUGACAACGAUAGUAAGCCGAAUCCUGCAAAGUAA